CGCAGUAGCAGAGUGGGCGCCUUCCAGGUGGGCCUCGGCAGCAAGCUCCUUCUCUGACACGCUGCCUGCCAGACACCCUUCCCAGGACAAUAUCCCGAAGCUCGCUGCUGCUGCUGCUGCUCUCCCUGACAAACCAGCGAGGCGGGAAUGCUUUUUUUAAAGCACGCCGCUGCUGGCCCGCAGCCUCCCCUGGCCUCCUUCGUCUUUCGCAGACUGCUCGACGCCACAGAGGAUUAGCAAAGCCAGGAGGUUCCCAGAGGCGGAGAGAGAUCCGGGAGCAAGGUGCUUCCCUACCAUGAAGCGCUCCCUUGCAAAGUUGUUCCAGUCCGGGGAAAAGAAGCGGCGCACCGCCUACGAGGGGGUCGUUUGCGAUGCCGACGCAGCCUCAGUUGCCUCGCAGGAUGUUUUUAAGGUGAUCUCAGAUGGAAGUGCUUGCAGACUUCGGAGCUUCAUUAAGAAGAAUCGUGAUGGACUUAGCAAACUGGAUGAUCUAAAUGCCACUCCAUUGCAUCAUGCUGCAGAAGGAGGUCAACUUGAAUUAAUGCAAAUGAUUAUAGAUGAUUCUUCAGCUGAAGUACUAAAUGUGACUGACUCCUCUGGAAAUACACCACUUCACUGGGCCACGAAAAAAAAGCAGGCUGAGAGUGUUAAAUUGCUUCUCAGCAGAGGAGCUAACCCAAAUGUUUUUAACUCCAGUAUGAUGGCUCCACUUCAUUUGGCUGUGCAGUGCCUUCACAAUGAAAUAGUUAAGAUUUUUGUUGAGAACAGCUCCACAGAUGUAAACUUGGAAGGAGAAAGUGGGAAUACACCUAUCUUAGUAGCAUGUUAUAAAGAUAAUCAUGAAGCACUAAAACUUCUGUUAGAAAAUGGUGGUAAAGUUUGUAAAGGAAACAAUUUGGGCUGCAUGCCAAUCCAUGCAGCUGCAUUUUCUGGUUCAAAAUUAUGCAUGGAGAUGAUUAUUAAAAAAGGUGAAGAGCUAGGCUAUUCUGCUAAAAAUCAUAUUAAUUUUCUUAAUCAUGGAAGGUGUAGUCCUCUCCACCUGGCAGUUCAAAGUGGAGACUUGGAAAUGAUUAAAAUGUGCAUUGAAUAUGGAGCACAAAUUGAUCUAAAACAGAGUGACAAAUGUACAGCUCUUCAUUUUGCUGCUACCCAAGGAGCAACUGAAAUUCUUAAAUUAAUGAUGUCAUCUUAUUCCGGUGAUGAACCUAUUGUUGAUGCAUUAGAUGGAAAUAAGGAAACAUUGCUUCACAGGACUGCAUUGUUUGAUCACUAUGAGCUAGCAGAGUAUCUGAUAUCAAUGGGAGCAAAGCUUGAUAGUGUUGACAUUGAGAGUCGAACUCCAUUACUUCUUGCUACUUCUUGUGCAUCAUGGAAAAUUGUGAAUUUGUUACUUUCAAAAGGAGCCAAUGUGGAUUUAAAAGAUCACCUUGGGCGUAAUUUUCUACAUCUAACAGUAUUGCAUCCUGGAGGGUUACAACAUCUGAAUAAUAAAUUUUUUGAGAUGAAGCAUAUUAAAGAUCUUAUAACUGAUGAAGAUAAUGAAGGGUGCACCCCAAUGCAUUAUGCAUGCAGGCAAGGGGUUCCUCUUUCAGUGAACAUCCUCCUUGGCUUGAAUGUUUCCAUCUGUUCUAAAAGCAGAGACAAGAAGUCUCCAUUGCAUUUUGCAGCCAGCUAUGGGCGUAUCAACACCUGUCAACGCCUUCUACAAGAUAUGGAAGACACCAGACUCUUGAACGAAGGAGACAAGAAGGGGAUGACUCCUCUACAUUUGGCUGCUCAAAAUGGUCAUGAAAAGGUUGUGCAGUUUCUCCUGAAGAAAGGUUCCCUCUUCCUCAGUGAUUAUAAAGGCUGGACAGCUUUGCAUCAUGCUGGCUUUGGAGGAUAUACUCGUACAAUGCGGAUGAUUUUGGAUACUAACGUAAAGUGCACAGAUAAAGUGGAUGAAGAAGGGAACACAGCUCUUCAUCUUGCUGCCAGAGAAGGCCAUGCAAAUGCAGUUAAACAGCUUCUUGAUGACAGUGCCAAAAUACUCCUGAACAAAGCAGAUGCUUCUUUUCUUCAUGAAGCCAUACACAAUGGGCGGAAAGAAGUUGUAAAUGCUGUCAUCUUGCAUAAAAGAUGGGAAGAAUCUGUAGCAGCCUUUUCACACAGUUCAUCUACCAAUAAAUGUCCUAUACUGGAGAUGGUUGAAUAUCUUCCUGAAAGUUUGAAAUUAGUUUUAGACAACUGCAUUAUUGAAUCUUCGGAUGAAAGAUCAUGCAGAGAUUUCAGUGUUGAAUAUAACUUUAGGUAUCUUCAGUGUCCAUUGAAGCUUACCAAGAAAUUAAAGGAGGAUCAAGAAACAAUAUAUGAACCACUUAUCACUCUAAAUUCCAUGGUACGUCAUAAUCGUGUUGAACUACUCAGUCAUCCUGUCUGCAGAGAAUAUUUAUAUAUGAAAUGGAUGGCCUAUGGGUUCCGAGCACAUCUUCUGAAUCUAGCUGUGUAUUCUCUUGGCCUAAUACCUCUAACCCUGCUGAUCACCCGCUUAGGGCCAGAAGGGUCUUUCAAUGGAACUCAUCUAUUAGGACCUUUUGAGAAAAAGGAUUCAUACUUCAUAAAAGUGUGUAUGUGCUUGGUUUUUAUCAUGAGCUUAUUUGGAAUCUGCAAAGAAAUGAUACAGCUUUUCCAGCAGAAACUUAGGUAUUUGUUGGAUUACUCCAAUCUCCUUGACUGGACAAUAUAUACUACAAGCAUCAUAUUUGUAUCAUCUUUAGUUAGUACUAUUCCAGCUCGCUUACAAUGGGAGUGUGGUGCAAUUGCUAUAUUCUUGUCUUGGAUGAACUUCUUGCUGUAUCUUCAAAGGUUUGAAAAUUGUGGAAUCUAUAUUGUGAUGUUUUGGGAAAUCUUGAGAACUUUGAUCCGGAUCACGUUUGUCUUCUUCUUCUUGAUGUUAGCUUUUGGGCUCAGCUUCCAUGUUCUUCUUGGUACACAGCAAACAUACAAGACUCCAUACCUUUCUGUAAUGCAAACAUUUGCCAUGAUGUUAGGAGAUAUCAAUUACCAUGAAGGCUUCCUUGAACCAUUACUCGCCAACACACUGCCUUAUCCAUUCCUGAGUUUUUUUAUUCUCAUUAUCUUCACUCUACUAAUUCCAGUUCUUCUUAUGAACCUGUUGAUUGGUUUGGCUGUUGGGGACAUUGCAGAGGUACAAAAAUUUGCUGCACUGAAAAGAAUAGCAAUGCAGGUCAAUCUUCACACAAACCUGGAGAAAAAAAUACCAUAUUGGUUUCUUACUCGGGUUGACCAGGAAUCAAUCACAAUUUAUCCUAAUAGGCCAAGAUAUUGUGGAUUUAUGAGUGUGUUCCAGUAUUGCUUUGGAUGUGAUGAUACAGCAACAGAUAAUCAAAAUGCUGACAAAUCUUUGGAACUAGAAGUACUGAAACAGAAGUACAGGCUUAAAGAUAUUGCAGUACUCAUGGAGAAACAGCAUGACCUUCUUAAACUGGUCCUACAAAAAAUGGAGAUUAUAUCUGAGGCUGAGGAUGAAGAUACAAAUGAUUUAUUCCAGCACAAAUUUCGGAAGGAGCAGUUGGAGCAUAAGAAUAGCAAAUGGGAUACAGUGCUGAAAGCAGUAAAAUGCAAAUCUGCCUAAGCCUUUUGGAGCUAUAUCCAACCAUAAAGAGGAAGAUGGUUUGGUAGAAGGUAUGUCCAGCUGCCACUCUGGGGUUAUUAAGACAUGAGUGGAAAACUUGCCCUUACUUCUAACAGCAGGGAGGUGGUGGUGGAGGCAGGAGUCGCCGCAGCCAGCACCAUUGAAACUGAGAUACUCCCUGACUCUACAACCAUCUUCUGAUGGCUACUAAUAAAGGCUGGUUUUCUUCCCCCUUGAUCAUUCCAUGAUAGAGGCAGGUGAUUCCUAUCAGAAAGCCACCCCACUAACUGCUGCCAGUUGUACUGAUAACUGUCCAAACAUGGAGGUCACAGGUCAUAACAUCUAUUCAUCUACUGUUCUGAAGUUUCAGCAACUAACUUAUCCAGCCAUAAAUGUUCAGAUCAUUAUACAAAGAUGUUCCUAACCAUGUAAAAUAUAACAGCAUAGCUUCUUAACUGUGUAUUUAUACAUAUGCAGUGCAAUUAUGAAUGAUAGCAGUAUUGCCUUCUUUGCUCAUCGGUUCAGAUCAAACUAGCCCACAAAAUAAACUGAUUGCUUUGGAAUGAAGAAGAAAAGCAGUUGCUUAGUAUGACAAAAGUAAGACUCUUUGAAUGUUCAUUCAGCACAAACCUCCUUCACAAGGCAGUAGGGGCUGGUGCAGCAAAAGGUACCUUUAAGUGUAAAUUAAUAGGUGCUUACCUCUGCUACUGCCACACCUGAAUGCACUCACAUGGCUACUGGCGGGGGAUUGGCUCCCUCAACUCACAUGGCUGCCAUGCAGCAGGGAGUGCUGAACAGCACAUUCAGGUGCGCUGGUGGCAGAGGUAAGCAAUUAUUAAUUUACACUUAAAGGUGUCUCUCACUUCCCGCACCAGCUGCUACUGUCACAAGGACUUUUCUGAAAAUAUAGUCCAUAAGGAAGUAUGCUAAGUAGAGAAUGUAGGAUGAGGUCUUGGAGUUCAAGAAGUGAUGUGAAAUUGUUACUGGGUUGUGAAUAGAGAGUAGAUGUUUAAAUGAAAUUUGCUUCAGUUGUCUGACUGUCAAGAAGACAAACCUCCCAAGAGCAAAGGGCAGAAGAGCAGUCUAGUGUAAAUGGCAAACAACUGAAUUCUUAAUUUUCCUUUGAGACACGAUCCUCUAGGAGGUACUCCUGUGCAAGUGCCAUUGAAAUGAGUGGGAGCUGAUUUAUCUUUGUCACUAAAUGCCAAAGUACCGGUGACAUUAAUAAUCAAAUGAAGCCUUUGAUUAGCCUACCUUAUAGCUUUCUCUAGUGGUCUGAUCCAAAGGCCAAAUUAGAUCAUUAAUUGUUUUGUGUGUUUUUUAAAUCAAGACAGAGUUUUGUAAUUCUGAAAUGCAAUGUCCUGAUUAUUAUUUUUUUAAGUUUCUGAAGCAAUAUUUAGGUUUUCAUUGCUUUGGUAUUAUGUUGUUUUGAACACCAUAUUCUGAGUAUGAUCCAAGCAAUGCCAAGUAUCUUUUAAGGUCCGUGGGAAAAGGUCAAAGAUGUGUUUAAUAUCCAUGAAAUCAAUGAGACUUAAAUUGCAUUUCUUUGGCUGGAUUGUGCCGUGUGUGUGUGUGUAGCUGCAAAAGGCACAUAUUUUGGUGGAAACGCAAAAUAUAACUGUUCUUAAUAAUGAUAAAUUGCCACCUUGUCAAAUAAUGUGGGAUAACAAUUUGACAUAUGCCAAGUCAUUAUCCCACAUUAUGUGCUGGUACCAAGUUAUCAUUAUUAAGAAUAUUUAUACAUUGCUUUUGUACCAAAAAAUUCACAAAGUAGAUUACAUAGCAAAAGGAAUGAGAAGAUUUUCCAAAGUGGCUUAUGAAUUUUAUUAUGAAUGGAGUCACCUGAUAACACAGUAUAACAUAAUAUAUAAAUACUGAAAUACCAAGGAAAAAAGAAUGAAACUGGAUAUGUAUUCAUUUGACCAAUAUUCUAAUCCAGCUUGUUGGUUUGAAACGGCCAAUUUGCGCCAAGACUCCUUCAUAACUCUCUUUAAUUUACUAUAAGGACUGGCUUUGCUCAAUAAAAAUUACAGGGUAUAAAAUAUUAUGUAUUGGAUAUUGUAAUAUUUCAGUCUAUAUAAACAUUAACCACUGUUGAAAUUGUAUGGUAUGCUCUUUCAUGAAUAACCUUAAUAAAAUACCUAUGUCUGUGCCUAA